AGAGGGAGGGCGGAGGCUAGGGAGGGAGGAACGGCAGAGAGAGAGAAAGAGGGAGCGCUUAAAAAAGAGCAAUAGACAGAGGGAGGGAACGAGAGUGGAUACGGAGAUAGAUACACAUUGCUAGCAAAAACAGUCUGCAGAAAUAUAAAGGGAAAAGGUAAUUUAUUUAUUUAUUCUCAUUGGAAUUGCAUUUCAUUCAUCUGAGCGUGAGGUUACAAAGAGAGAACGUGUGAGCGUAGAUCGAGACGUCGAGACGAAGGUAAAGACACACUGCAGUGGAGCUGGAAUAUGGAUGCACAGUCUGAGAGCUGUGAACCACCGCCAUGUGACCCUCAGCCUCCAGGUAAAAUCAGAAAAGCCUUCAAACUGUUUGGCAAGCGGAAGCCUGGGAGCAGUGUCGCUAGCAUCUUCUCAAUACGUGGGAAAGGAGAUGGAGGGCCUAAAUCACCGCCGUCGAGGAGCAAAACCCUGGAUGGAUUAAAUGAGCCUACCGCCCCAGAAGCAGAGGCAGAGCAGGUGGAUCUUGACCAGGAGGAAGAGAGUCAACAGGACGAUGCUCCGAUAGAGGAGUUCACAGGUGGGAACAUGAAUUUGGAAACUACUCCUACGAGGCAGUCCAUCUCUUCCCUCACCUCAGCCAAGUCUCUGAGCUUCCUCAACAUGCUUCGCAAAGGCAGACGGGGACUGAUGGGAGAACGGCAGGCUCAGACCGAGUCUCAGAGGCCCGGACGGCAACGGAAGGGCCUGAAGGGAUUGUUUGGUACAGUGCGCUGGCGUGGUAAAGAGAAGGAUGACGAGGAGGAGGGCGAACCUGGCCCUCCCCUUCUUGCUUCCCGCUCAAACAGCGUUGAGAUUAUAAAGGAGAGUCUCACGCUGACACCUGGGCCUCCACCUCGCUCUGUGGAAGGGGCAGAGGAAAAGCCUCAGCUUCCUACACCGCAAGAGGGCCCUACGUCAUCUGAGGACUCAUUAAAGGUGAGCGGGGCAACCAAACCUCCACCAAAUGAACGCUUGAGCACACUGCUCGGAGAUAUCUCAUCAAUUUUAAGCUUUGAUUCACUGACAGCAUGUGGAGAUAUUGUAGCAGACGUAGAAGCAGAAUGGGUCAAAGCUAGCAGUCGAAUGGAGGGAGCACCUGGGACGUUGAAAGUGGAUAAUUCCGAGAAGACUUCAUCUUCUACGACUUCUACCAGAUCAAGGCCUAGCCCUUCUCCUACUUCUACUCUCAGCCCAACCACCUCUUUCAAACCUUCCCCUACUUUAGCAACCAAACCCACCCCUUCGCCUACCACCACCAAACCUAUUCCAAGCCCUUUGACAAAACCUGCAGUUACCUCAAUAUCUUCCCCGGUGGCCAAAAUGUCACCUUCUAUGCCUACUGACCCUAUUAUCCCUACCCCUACAUCUAGCCCUCUCGCCAAACCCACCCCUAUGCCAUCAGCUAUGCCCCCAACACCUCAAGCCACAGCAACUGCAACAACUACUCCAGUUAUACAACCUACCCCAUCCCCUACAUCUGUCUCCACACAGCCUGCCCCAAGCCCUAUGUCAAGCCCCACAACCAAAUCAACCACUUCCCCAGCUAUACCUGCCCCGUCCCCUAAAUCUAGCCCUGAAAUCAAACCCGACACAACUGCCCUAAUGACCAAACCUAUCCCAACCUCUACACCCAUUCCUCCGCCCAUCUCGGCCCCUACUUCUGAAGCCCCUGAACCUGCUGCUGUAACAAAAACUGAACCUGCCCCAACCCCUGUACCUAAACCUACCCAAGCCCCAACCCCUGCAACAAAACCCAUUACCCAUGAAUCCAAGCAUACCACGUCUACCUCUGCAACCAAAUACACCCCUUAUCCACCACUUUUUGGUAAACCUACCCCUGCUCCUGCGCCAACACCAAGACCAAAACUUGUAACAACAUUUGGACUAUCGACAAGCCGAAACACUGCGCCCAUUUCCAAGCUUGAGACAAAACAACCCACAGGACAGACUUCAAAAUCUAGCACCCAAACAUCUGUAAGGAAAGCCUCCAUCUCUGAAUCGACCGCUCCUCUUGCUAAACCUCCUGUUCUUACCUCUUCCUCUGCCACCGCAAAGUCACCCACAGUUACCUCUGCACCACAAGUUCCUUUCCUGAAGUCUCCUUCUGGUAUUACUCCAUCCUUCAUUUCCUCAAAAAGAUCAGAUGAUGAUGCCAGGAUAGAUUCAAGAGAGGACCUGGUACGACAAGAAGGAACUGACAAUAGAGACUCAAUCAGCAAGGUUGUGAAAAGUCGCCCUGCAGCGAAGCCCACAACUUUGAGUAAGAUCCCUGUCAGUGGUGGAGGCAGACCUCCUAAGCUGCAUCAUCGAGAUUCCCAGCCCAACGGAGAUGAAGACCACUCAAAUCUAACAACACCGGUACAUGAAGAGGAGAGCCCGUUUACCAUCUCACGGGAAAGCAGCAGCAAGGAGGCCCUCAGUGAUGUCUCCACAGAAUCAGGGGCUGUCACCCCAACCCUCUCCCACAGCCAAGAAGACAUUGUUGAUGGAAAACUUGCAGCACGUCCUACAGCUGGUGCCACAAGGGAGUCCAAGAUCCCAAUCAAACACGGAUCUACUGCAACCUACCAUUCUGUACAGGGGAGGGCGGAAGCCACACGUUCCAAGAUACCCGUGUCCAAAAUGCCCGUUCGUCGGACCAGCAAUAAGCCUGCACCAACAGCUACAGCUGCCGUCACCCGAAAAUAACUGAUGUACGUAUUCUAUCUAUGACAAAAUCCUGAAACAUUCCACUGGCAACAGUUUUCUCAAGAUCUACUUUUUGAUAUUCAACCAGGCAUCACUGCACCUGGUUUACGCCUUUUUGCAGCACAGGAACAACUGGAUUGUUAUUGUUGUCAAUCACAAUUCUUUUAUCAGCUGGGUGUUUUUAAUUCAUAUCACUCUUGAACAGACUGACGCUGUGGAUUCAACUCUGUGUGCGACCAGGAACAGACAGUGCAGCACACGCACAGGCCCUGUCUAAGUGAUCCCCAUGGCAACCAAACAUGCAAAUUAAAUGGCAGGCACUAAAGCACAAGAGCCCUCACCUGGAAUCCAAAGCCAUGUAGACCUUCUCUGAAGAAACAAGCAAUGCAUCCGUCCAUUAUCUCCGGCACCAUAAUAGUCCAUAAUGGCCUUUCGUGGUAAUUAAAAGCCUCAGAGAAGAAACAAGCAAUCCAACAUCAAGUCUUGUGGUUUUCAUCCAGGUCUACAACACCAGAGGAGUCACAAAGGUGCUUUUUUUCUAUCGUCCUGCCUGCCACACACACACACACACAAACACACAAAUUUUGUUACAGAGCAAUGGAGGGAUCUUUGUAGCUUUUGUUACUGGCCUUCUUUUUUAGAAUUUUUUUGUCUGGUGUCUUUUCCAAGUUUUUCUUUUUCAAGUGAACUUUGUGGAUCAAUGUUAGUCUUCUUGGAGCUCCCUCGUGUUGUAUGCAAACAAACAGAAUCUCGUACCUGUACAGUUCAUGCCAAGACAGGAUAUUCCACAGUAUCUUUUGAAUGUAUGUAGCAGAACGCAUGCCCUACUUUUUCAACCAGAUGAGCCAUCUCACUCCUUUUCCUCUCCGAUGUCCUUUUUCGCUGUUUUUUUAACACUGUGUUAAGUCACACAGUGCCUGUCAGCUGUAACACGUGUAUGUAACAUGUCAUCAAAGCACCAUGAGGCAUAUGGAUCUAACUCUGUGGAUUUUUUCUCUGCCUGCACUGAGCAUUGUGUGAGACUGCAUUAAAGAAGGCUAAGGACAGUAGAGCUGAUGUUUCACAGGCAGUUGGUGUUAUAGGUAAGCUAAGACUUUCAUGGAUGACAGUGGUGUUAUGUUCUGGAUGGAUUCUUUUUCUUUUUUUGAAGUUGCCAUCACAUGCACAUGUUUAACAGAGGACUAUUUUUGUGUGUAUGAGUGUGCGUAUGUGAACGAGUGCGUGUGAUUAUCUCAAUGUCACAAUGUUUCCUAUUUAAUCAAUAAAAUGUGAUUAUACCUAGAA